UCGCACCGGAUAAGGACCGGGCAGCAUCGAAAGCAGGAGGAAUAUACCCGCUCCUCCCUUCCUACUCUCGGUCCCCAACCCCACGCGGCGGCCCCAAUCACGAUACCCUUCCCCUGAAAAUGAACAGCAAGCAAGCAAAGCCAACAACACCUUCUUCUUGGAUUAGUCCUAGGUCAGGACUAAUCCAGCCUCACUAAUUUGUAUUCUCGGAGGGAAGGGAGCACGGCAUCUCGUCUCCGGGAAGAAAUUCACAGCUUUUCUCCGUGGAACGAGGCAACGGAACCAGAAUUAAUUAGGGCUAGCUUCAGGAAAGAAAGAUAACGAUAACGAAGGCAAGGAAGGAAGAAAAGGAAAGGGCUUUAAAGAUAGAGAGAGAGAGAGAUGAAAUUCGGCAAGGAUUUCCGCAACCAUCUGGAGGACACGCUGCCGGAUUGGAGGGACAAGUUCCUGUGCUACAAGCCCCUCAAGAAGCUCAUCAAGCACAUCCCUCCCGACCCCGUCGAUGCCGGCGCCCAAGGCCCCUGGGUCGGCCUCGAGGAGUGGUUCGUCCGGAUCCUCAACGAGGAGCUCGACAAAUUCAACGACUUCUACGUCGACAAGGAGGAGGACUUCGUCAUCCGCUUGCAGGUCAGCCAGGAGCUUAAGGAAAGGAUUGAGAGGGUAAGGGCUAGCAAGAAUAAAGCUUUUGCAUCUGAAAGUGAAUUCAGUGAGGAGAUGUUGGAGAUCCGUAAAGCCUUUGUGACCAUCCAUGGGGAGAUGGUACUUUUGAAGAACUAUAGCUCGCUUAAUUUUGCAGGACUGGUGAAGAUAUUAAAAAAGUAUGACAAGAGAACGGGGGGAUUGCUGAGUCUGCCUUUCACUCAACGUGCACUUCAUCAACCCUUCUUCACAACAGAACCCCUCACACGGUUAGUCCAUGAGUGUGAAGCCAAUCUUGAACUUCUCUUCCCAUUGGAAGCAGAGGUCAUUGAAUCAGGUUCACCAGAAAAGAUGGAGACAUCAAAUGGUAUGUGUAACCUAGAGGCUUCAUCUGUUCAAGAGGAUACCAUGGAUGUGUAUCGAAGCACUCUGGCUGCAAUGAAAGCAAUAAAAGGCCUCCGCAGAGCGAGCUCCACCUAUAAUCCUUUAUCUCUUGCACAGUUCUUUCAUGGCGAAGAUGGCGACGAUGGUUCUGGAGCUGUUACAGCUGAAAACUCGGCUUCCAACUCUCUGACAACCUCGCAGAAUCAAGAUGUUGAUCAGGAGAGUGUACAUUCUGGCGACUAGUAGUUAGGAGGUUGUUAUCUUUUGACAUUGAACAAUCUAAACACUUUCAGUGUUAUGCUUCUCCUGAUAACUCAAGGACAGUGUCAGGUGUCUGGCGUAAAUUAAUAAUUCCAUGUGGACAUCAACUGUCGAUAAAGAUGCACGUUUAUUUCUGUUAGCCUCUUUUCUUAUUAUUUGUUUCCUUUUGCAAA